ACGGGCUCCGUUUCCUGGGAAUACAUCCCAUGGCGGGGAAGGGUUUAAUCGCCCGCUUCCUCUUCCCCGUGCGAGUCUCCUUCUUCUUCCUCUGAGCGGUCGAGAUGGAGCGGUCUUGCUUCGAUGGCGGCAAUGUGGAGGUAGAAAGGCUGUUCAUCGGAGCCGGUUGCAACCGUGUGGUGAACAACGUCUCUUGGGGAGCCUCCGGCCUGGUCGCUUUCGGUGCUCAGAACGCCGUCGGUGUAUUCUGUCCCAAGAGUGCUCAAAUUUUGACAACCCUUCCCGGUCACAAGGCCGUCGUCAAUUGUACACAAUGGCUUCCAUCUAGCAAAGAUGCAUACAAAGUUCAACAUGCAGAAAAGCACCAUCUCCUCUCAGCAAGUGCAGAUGGCAUAAUUAUGCUCUGGGAGUUUCAUACUAUAGAAAGAAAGUGGAGACAUGCCUUGCAAAUUCCAGAAAUGCAUAAGAAAGGUGUUACAUGCCUUACAGGAAUAAUGUUAUCUGAAAAUAUUGGAAUAAUUGCUUCCACCUCUUCAGAUAGAAGUAUUGCUGUGUGGGAAAUUGUUUUUCCAUUAGGUAUAAAUGAUGAAUGUAAAAUUUCAUGCUUGCAAUCCAUCUCGGCGGGUUCAAAACCAGUGGUUGCAUUGUCUUUGGCAGAACUGCCAGAUGAUAAAAAAAAUAUAGUUUUAGCAACUGGAGGCUUAGACAACAAGAUCCAUCUUUAUUGUGGUGGUCUUAAGGGAAAGUUUGUGCAUGUUUGCGAGCUGAAAGCCCACAUGGACUGGAUUAGAAGUUUAGAUUUUUCAUUUCCAAUUUGUUUGGAUGGUGGGACGAAGAGCAUUCUGCUCGUGAGUUCAAGCCAGGACAAAACAAUACGAUUAUGGAAGCUUUCUGCUCGUGGUUCUUCAACUUAUUGUGAUGUGCCAUAUCGUAAGGAAGAUAUAGGUUUGACAUCAUUUAUUGAAGGGCCUUUAUUUGUGGCGGGGAAUACGUUCUAUCAAGUAUCACUAGAAUCACUUCUCGUUGGACACGAAGAUUGGGUAUAUUCGGUUAAGUGGCAUCCUCCUUUAUCUAAAACUUUAAGUGAGGUUGAGUCCUACCAACCUUUGAGUAUCUUAUCUGCAUCUAUGGACAAGACAAUGAUGAUAUGGAAACCUGAAAAAAUCACUGGCAUUUGGGUUAACAUGGUGACUGUUGGUGAAUUGAGUCACUCUGCGUUGGGGUUUUAUGGCGGGCAUUGGGCACCGGAUGGUGAAUCAAUUCUUGCUCAUGGAUAUGGUGGAUCAUUUCAUUUGUGGAAAAAUGUGGGUUUAGAUUGUGAAAAUUGGAAGCCACAUAAAGUUCCAUCUGGCCAUUAUGCGUCAGUGUGUGACAUUGCUUGGUCCAAAUCCGGUGAAUAUGUACUAUCGGUUAGUAAUGACCAAACAACUCGAAUCUUUUCACCAUGGAGAAAUGAAGUAUGCCUUGGUAAUAGGGCUCCAUGGCAUGAAAUAGCACGGCCGCAAGUUCAUGGGCAUGACAUCAAUUGUGUAGCUAUUAUAAAGGGGAAAGGGAACCACAAAUUCGUUAGUGGAGCUGAAGAAAAAGUUGCAAGGGUAUUUGAAGCUCCUUUAUCAUUUUUGAAGACUCUUAACCACGCUGUUCUCCAAAACUUGGGUUUUGAGGAUCUGCAGGAUGUACAGAUCUUGGGGGCAAAUAUGUCUGCUCUUGGGCUUUCACAGAAACCUAUAUAUGCUAAUGCUGUAAGUGAGGUCUCCAAGAGGAUGAAGGAGGAGGUUCCAGAUUCUUUGGAGAUAAUUCCGGAUGCCGUGCCAGUUGUCUUGAAUCAAGCUCCUGUUGAAGAACAACUAGCCUGGCACACACUUUGGCCUGAAUCCCACAAACUUUAUGGCCAUGGGAAUGAGUUAUUUUCACUUUGCUGUGACCAUGAGGGGAAGCUUGUUGCUUCUUCAUGCAAGGCACAGUCGGCAGGAGUUGCAGAAAUAUGGUUGUGGGAAGUUACAUCUUGGAAGGCCGUUGGUCGCUUGCAGGCCCAUAGUUUAACAGUAACUAAAAUUGAAUUUUCUCAUGACGAUUCUUUUCUCCUGGCUGUUUCAAGGGAUCGGCAGUUCUCCGUCUUUUCAAUCAAGAAAUCUGGAGAUGAAGUAAAUCAUAGACUGAUCACAAAACAAGAGGCACACAAAAGAAUAAUAUGGACUUGUUCAUGGAACCCCUUCUGCCACCAAUUUGCAACUGGGUCAAGGGACAAGACUGUCAAAAUCUUUGCCAUUGAUAGCUCCAACCACCCUCCUUCUGUCAAGCAGAUUUCAAGCUUGCCAAUCUUCAAGGACAGUGUUACUGCCUUAUCUUGGCUCGGCCAUAUUCGAUCCUCAAAUACCGGAAUCCUUGCCGUCGGGAUGGACAACGGACUGAUCGAACUCUGGAAUGUUUCAGGUGGGACAAGUCCGUCGCUGCCAUUUAGUGCUGCUGUUGCGAAGCGGUUCGAUCCUUUCCUAUGCCACGUAUCAACGGUGCACCGCUUGGCUUGGAGUUCGGAUGAGGCUGGGGAGUCAAAAACCAUGCUGCUUGCUUCUUGUGGAGGAGAUAACUGUGUUAGGGUGUUUGAAGUAAGAGUAAACUGAUUGAUUUUUGCAUCCAAAGAGAUGAUUAGUUGGGUGGAGAAAAGAAGUAUCUGCUGCAGCUUUUGUGCAAUGUUUUUUCUUUGUAAUAUUAUAUGUUGUGCUGCCUUUUGUUACUGUUGUUGUAAUGUAUACCCAUAAGUUUAUUGAUGUUAAAAGACUGGGAUUAGGAUUGUUGGGGGCCCUCUUUCUAUUUGCCUGCAUUUAAGCAUUCAUAUGCACUUGUAAAAAAAUGUAAUUAUUAGAUAUA